UUCUACUAUUGUCUUCCAAUAGAAUAUAUAGCUUUUCACACCCUUCUCUAAAUCAGUUUUUAGAUCUUUAUGGAGAAGAAAGCCACCUUCAAAUUUGUGUUUUUUCUUUUGAUUCUUUCCUAUGUAUAUGUUGCUGCUGUACCUUCAACUAGGAUCUCAAUGACCAAAGAGAUGGAUAUUGAUCUUCAGACUAAGAAUAAUGAAAAGCUCUUUGACAUGAAGAAUGAAUUUGAAGUGGGAAGAAUGAUGGUGGAUAUUUCAGAUUAUCCUGGAACAGGACCAAAUCAUCGUCAUGACCCAAAACCUCCUGGAAAAGCAUAACUAGUUAAUUUUCCAUCUUUUAUAAGUUUUGAUUGCCCUAGUUUG